AUGCAUCCGACCAGCUCUUGCCAUCAGGAGGAAAAGGCUGUCACCGGUGAAGAACGUGAAGCGACGAAAGGAACGAUGAGGACGUCGGGAGAAGCCGGAAAGAGCUGGAACGUGGCUGUGACAUCCCAAAAGCUUCCUCUUCUCCGCUACACAACGGUUUACGACCGCCGGCGCCGUCACCAAGGGCUCGUCACGAUUGGGAUGCAUCUGACCAGCUCUUGCCAUCAGGAGGAAAAGGCCGUCACCGGUGAAGAUCGUGAAGCGACGAAAGGAACGAUGAGGACGUCGGGAGAAGCCAGAAAGAGCUGGAACGUGGCUGUGACGUCGCAAAAGCUUCCUCUUCUCCGGUUCGUUGCUGCAACGCCGCCUUAA